CGAAAUCGUCGGUCGCAUGAAAAAUGGAAGUGUUUGAAAAGAAAAUCAACGAAGUAAUUGGGUGUAUAGAAAAAAAUGUAAACUGUUUGGAUAAUUUUUUGAGUGUUCGCAGAGAUUUAUCAAACGACCAGCUUACUUGUUGCAAAUCUUUGUAUGAUGUAUGUCGAGCGCUGGACGGUGAUGACAACAGACACGAAGAUUACUUGCCGACCCUGUUCCUCGAUGACUUUAAUGCCGAACAAGUUUGGCAGCAAAUCGAAUUAGUCAACAAAACCUGGCCUUCUCGGUUGAAGCAUUUUGUUAAAAAUUUUAAAAAGUCGGUGAAGUUUCAAAGUGAUGAAAAGGAUGCGAAAGUUUUUAAAGAAGAUGAUGAAACUGUUGAAAAUAACAGUGAUGAUAAGGAUGAUGAUGAAGAAAAAGAAGAAGAUGAGGAUGAUGAUGAAAGGGAUGGUGAUGAUAACUCUGUUUUGGGAGAAAAUGAUGAUGACGGUGGGGCUGUCAAAGAAGAAGAGGAAGAGGAUGAAGAAGAUGACGACGACGAUGAUGAGGGAUGCGCCAUAAAGUACGAUGACUUCUACGAUGCCCCGCCCAAGCCCAGUGCAAUUGACGAUUUCGCCAACAUGGAUGAUGAUGGUGAUGAUCUGGAUAAGGCUUCUGAUGAUUUUGGUGAAAGAGGAGAUGAUGAAGAAGAUGUUGAUAUGGAGGAAGAUGAUGAUGAUGAUGAUGAGGAGGAGGAGGAGGAUAGGCUGGCUAAUGAUGUCAACAGAGAGUUGAUUCGUGAUGAAAGUGAUAACAAGCAGAUGGUGAAGUCAUCAUUUGAAAGAAGGCAGGAAAUGUUGUCAAAAAAGAUAAAUGAACUAGAGGAGAAGACAACUUUGGAGAAGGACUGGCAGUUGAAGGGUGAGAUUGGGGCCUCCAAACGCCCUCUCAACAGUCUCUUGCAGGAGGUACUUGACUUUGAUACUGCUACCAAGCCAGCAAUGGUGAUAACAGAGGAGGUGAACAAAACAAUCGAGGAGAAGAUACUGCAGAGGCUGAAGGAUAACAUCUGGGAUGGACCGAAGAGGAAAAUUAAAACGAAGGAACGAACGUUCGAGCUGAAGAAAGCCGUAGCUGUGCUCAGUGAUGAAAAGAGUGAGAUGUCAUUGGAAAAAAUAUACGAACAGGAAUAUUUAGACACCAUCCAGAAAAAAGAGGAAAAAGUGCCACUGGAGAUAGAGGAGAUCAAGCAGUCCAUGGCUGCCCUCUUCAGAAAACUGGAUGCCCUCUGCAAUUUCCAUUUCACUCCGAAACCAUCAAUGCCGGAAGUGGAGAUAGUGGCGAACAACGCGGCGAUCACGAUGGAGGAGGUAGCCCCGACGGCUGUCAGCGAGGCCAUGUUGCUCGCCCCCGAAGAAAUCGCAGAUAAGUCAAAGAAGUUGAUUGGCUCCACUGAAAGAACGAAAACGAACAAAAAGAGUGACCUACGAGCCAGAAAGAAGAGGCAGCACCACAUCCGACUCGAGAAGGAAGAGAAGCAGAGGAUCAAAAAAAUAAAACUUGAAAAGAAGGAAUCACUCCACAAGUCACUAACAGACGUGCACCUGAAAGAAAAGGAAAAAACAAAGAAAGGAAAAAAUAAAAAAUCUUCCAAGUCAAAACUGAAGCUUCAGAAAUCAUGAAUUUCAAUAACUUAACUCUGUCGUUGUAUAUAUUUGUACAGUCUUAUUUUUGUUGUAAUUUUUGAUUUACGUCAGUAUGAUAAAAAUAUAAUUAACAUUGAAAA